UGUUUAUCUUCAUCUUCCCAUACCAGCCGUCUCCUCUCUCUGCCAGGCUUUAGCUGCCCGGCUGUUUGGUCUUAAGGUUCUUUACCUCUCUUCCCCUCAUUGGCACCCGGCCUGCCUUGGUGCCUGGGUCAAGUCGUAUAAGGUCGGCUCCAAUGCAUCUCACGUGUCCCUCUGUGAAAGAUGACUCCCACAUACCCCUCCAAACUUGUUUCCCCAUGUCAGCACACGGCGAGUAAGAAAGUGACACUGACAACUGCUGCCAAGUUUAGGAGAAAAAGGGGAGCAGAGAGAAGAUCUGGAAUCUAAGCAGGAUUUUAAAAGUCACAACCUUUUGAUCAUUUGAGUAGCCAUAGUAUAAACUUGGGGUUUAUAGAGUGAUGUGGUAAUGUACACAGUACGCAGGAGAGAACUGGGUGGGUACUGUGGAGCCCUGUGGGUCCCCAGUACAAAAGACAUCACAGUUAAAGUCGGUAUAAGACGAGUUAAGAGCAUCCUAAACCUUGGCAUUAGCUUUAAUGAGGGCUGCAGGAGCCUAUUCCUCUCAAACAAACUGCCAAGUUGCUUGUUGUUAUAUAUAUAUUCAGUGCACACAGAGAAAUUGUGCCAUGUGUUUUACUGACCUCUGACUUGUGGUGACACGGCAGGAACGGGAGGUGUUAAACAAAAGGCUGAAAGAAUGUGUUAGUGACAGGUGCAGGACAUUUUUUCUGUCAUCUAAAACAUGUGCACGCUCCCUUCUCCCUGUUAUUGUUCUGGUUACCAGGGUGGAGUCUGCUCCCACAUCCUCCACAAUGGCUAGCCACGUACACCUUGCCACAGCUCAGUUUUCAACAAUGGACGCUCAGUAUACUUGUGAUAAAGCUUAAAGUCAGAUGCGUUAAAUGAUAAUAAUGUUGUUUUUUUGUUUGUUUGUUUUUGGGUUAUUUGUUUGACCUGAGUUUUGUUGUAGCUGCACGUGUUUAAGUUGCUUCGUACGAGGAAAGUGGUACAGCACUCAACGUGCCCGGUUUAUGGUUACGUUCUCUGUUAGUUACAGCUACUGGAAACCCAGCCAAGCUCUUAGCAGUCGGUCCAUGUCGCUGCUGUUGUUUUACAAUAUUUAGAUAAGCAGGUUGCCUAGCAGCAUUGCUGAAUAGACUUUGUACAUGGUUUAUACAUAAUCAAACAGAAGUCUUUUGGCAGGUCCCUCCAUGCAUUAUAUUGAGGUACAGGCCUCUGCUUGCUCUGUAUCAGUAAAUCACCAGAGAUUUCUCACAGUUGCAAAAUGUUUAAUACUAACCCAAUUCUGAAAUAGUUUGGGAGUGUUUGUGAACUGUGAAUAAAAAAAGAAUGCAAUGAUAUAAACCCAUAUUUUAUUCACAAUAAACCCCAAAACAUUAAAUGAACAGAAAUGGCUCAUUCUGAAUUGGAUGGGAUGUCUCAAAAACUUGAGACAUGGGAUGGGAGGAAAAAGCUGAAUACCUAACUGGAAACAACUGGAGCAACAUUUUGUAACUAACCUGUUGCCAGUUAACAUUAUUAGGUAUAAAAUGUCCAUCUUAGAGUUUCUCUGAAGUAAAGAAUAUUCGAGGCCAAUUUACUGAUGUGCCAAAAACAUCUUGAUGAACAUCUUUUUCAGGCAACACUGCAUAUUUCAGCAAGGCGAUGCUAAACUGCACACUGCACCUAUUCCCACACAACUGCUUCAUAGUAAAAAAGUCUGGGUGCUCCACUGGCCUGCCUGCACUCAAGACUUGUCACCACUUGAAAACAUUUGUCACAUUAUGAAAUGAAAAAUAUGAGUUUGUGCAGGUCAGACACAAAAGAAGACCACAGGACAGUUGAGCAGCUAGAAGCCUCAAUCAGAUAAUGCGACAUCUUUCCUCUCCCAAAUGUCCAGCAGCUGGUCUCCUCAGUUCUCAAGACGGGGAUAUAACACAGUCCUAAACAUGGCUUUGUCCUGAUAUCCUGAAAUGAGUUGUUGCAUUUUUCAAAUGCUUUUUUAAAGGUGUCGGUUUCGAUAUUUAAUGCUUUCUGUGGUCUAUUGUGAAUAAAAUAUGGGCCAUGAGAUUUGCAAAUCAUUGCGUUGUAUUUUUAUUUACAUUUCAUCCAGCCUCACAACAUUUUCAGACUUAGGUUUAUAGUUUUGGGUGUGUGCAGCCAAGUGAUUUUGGAUUUCUUCCUUUCUGCAGAGUGAGGACUUAUUUUUAUGCCAGUAUCUGAGGAGAAAGGAUGUUUUAUGUCUCUAAAUAGGAAAGAGCAGCUCUGUAAAUAUACCGGCAAGGGGGGACCUUGGCACUUGUUGCUGUGACCGGAGUGGUAAGGUUUCCUAGAUGAAUGGCAGGCCCUGUGCGAGAGCUCCGCCUGCUUCGGUCCACAAGGAACAGUCACAAGCAACAGCAGCUCAGAAUAGUCGGUUGCUGAAAAAGGUUGGCGGUUACCUUUCAAGAGUACAGAGUGAUAGAUGGGAGCAUAAUUGUCUCACUGGGUUUAACUGUUAUCUUAGUUUUGUCUAGUUUAUGGACCAGUGAUUUCACUAAAACCUUCACUUAGCACCGUGUUUCUGAAGGUGUGCUAUCGCUCCAUCAGGAAUGCCACAAUAGCACAGAAGCAUAAAACAGCAUUUCAGUCGUUAUGAGAUUAUCUGAUGACACAACGCUUAGUCUAAACUCUCCACCACCCAGGGAAAACAAUCUUUUCUCCUUUCUAUAUGGUUUAUCUUUCUGAUGAAAUCAACAACCAGUUUGAGUUUGUUUGAAACCCAAAGCUGCACAAUGACACAGGGUUUGCUUGCUGCCCCAUUUCCAGUGAAUGCAUUGUCCAGUCCUCUGUGUUUACCGCUGCUGGGAAAAGUGCCAUUUACACUUUGGUGCUGCCUUUGAACAAUGGGGCAGAUUCCAUGAGCUAUAUUCUGUUGUUUCCCUAACUCUGGGAAACCGCUCUCAGUUCUAGUUAUUUUGGGAGAUGACUGUAAAUCGUGGAUGAUGGAUGUAGUAGUUCUCCUUCAAAAAAAAAAAAGAAGCCACUGGCACUAUGUGAAUGUGAGCGACUUGAUGGUCAAGAAGGUGUUUUCAUGUUUCGGGUUUGGCCUCUUGGUCUCUGUGGUGGGCUAUGUUUGCAUAGUCUUUAUUCACACUUUGACAAGUUUUAUUCUUAGUUACUGUGGAUAACCACAGGCUCCUGAAGGUUCUCCUAGACUCCUCAUGGGAGACAGAGACCUUGUAAUGUGUUAUCACACAUCGGAAUAUAAAGGAUGAGGAAUUUCAUACUUGAUUUUUCAUAUAUUUUCACAAAACUUUCUGCCAAUGGGCAUCACGUGAAGAGGCAAACCGAUGCAGUUUAAAAAGUCUAUUUAUGAGGAAUAGAAGUUUCUUGAAUGAGGGGUGAACCGUCUUUAAGAAACGUAAAAAGGUCCAGUCGCUUUCUUUCCAGGCACAUUAGACUGUCCAUGAACACUAUUAUUUAUGUUGCAAUCUGUAAUCUAACCCCACCAAAAAGUGUUUACUGAAUGCAGUCAACUCCUGGUUACAGAGUGCGCAAAGUCAUAACACGGGCCUGUGGCAUAAAGGUCUGCUUCAAUUAGAUUGAGUCUCCCCAGAGGUAAACCGGGUGCUGUAUGCUUUAGUCAUAGGUCCAUGUGUGUAACAAGUUAAUUUUAGAUCAAUAUAAAACAUUCCUCUUGGAGUUAAACUUCACUGAGCUUGUGCAGACUGCAUUCCAAACCAUUUAUGAACAUUUACAGCGUGAGGCAGAUUGCCUCAGUUGUUUGGAGAGUCAUGCUCUAUACUUUUCUGUCUGCUUCUUCUGGAGAAAGACCACAUAAAGCUGUGCAGGCUCAGAUUGAUUUACAUGGCACCACAUAAAGCAACUUUUCACCAGAAAUGCGUAUCAAAGAGGAUCCUGUUAAUGUUAGUUGGUCCACUUUUAUUCAUUUUUAAAGUUUUUCUUUGGUGCAAGUGAAUAAAUAUUCAUUUUCAUUCAUUUUAGUGAAAAAUCAAAGUGUUUCGACCUCACUCCUGGUAUGUCCCACUGAAGAAAAGUGCCAUUGUAUUAGGCAAACCCAGGUAAUGGCUGUGUCUCUGUUUUCUGAGUGCUCCCCAAAAUGAUUUCAAAACCUGAACACGGCCCUUCUUCCUGCUUAUCAGGUCGUGUCAACAGAGCACAGCAGGCUCGCUCUCAGCUCUGACUGCUGUUUAUUUACCCAGAGGGAACAGUCCUUAUGAAACAGCUACGCCCCGUGCUGCUUAACUUGUCAUGUAUGGUGUUCACAGUGCACCAUGAAACCCUCGUGUCCUGUCAGGGUGUGUAGGAUGCAGGCCAUUAUGCAAAAUCCCAUGCUGGUUACUUCACCGUCAUCACAGCUGUGGUACACUGGGAGACAACCCCCCCCAACACACACACACACACACACACAAAAUGCUGUGUCGGCUUACUUGAUACUUAAAACUUAAAACGUGUUACUUGAAACUCAGCAGUUUGUAAGAAAUUGUUUUAUUUGGAUUUGCAUCCAAACACUCCAUUUACAGAGAAUAAUGACAAACUGAAUCACAGGGAAUGCGGCAUGGGAAGAUCAGUUUCUCGGUUUGGGAACGCCUCUUUUGGAAUACAGGCAGGAGCAGUGAAAGGAUGAAGGCUCUGGUAUGUGUGGGGUGGUAUUGACUGUUUGGCCUCUGCUUUGAAUGCCCUAUUAUUUGCAAGGCUUCCCGCCCAUUAAGUGUUGUGGAUCUCAUCGCUCAGAAAAUCAUUUUGUAAUACUAGCGUCUCGUUGUGGGAAGACACGCUGUAGUCAGUUCCCUGCUCUAUACAGUCCUGUCUUUUUCCCUUUUUUUUGAGUUUCUGCUUGCUCUGAUCUCAGGUAGAGUUAAAAUGCUGUAUAAAUAGAACCUGCUUGUUGAGUGGACUAAGGUUAGCGCUGCUUGACUGCUGUGAAGGAUUGGACCAGAUGGUUUCCCAGCAUAAAGCACUGGGACACAUGGGUAGACAAUAUGUGGAAGGCUCCUAUAGUCUCUCCAUGCCCUUUCUAUGUUUACCUGGCUGUUAAAUCAAGAUAUGAAGAGCCUGUGGCUCCUUCUGGCAGCACAUAAGAGAGUGAUUGAUACGUUACGCUUGAUGAACAGGUACAUCAAUGUUAACAGGGAACAGCUGUUCGUCCCAGUGAGUUUCGGCCAACUGGGUGACAUUGUAAAUGUGGCAGAGCUUGCUGGCACCGUGCUCCUCUGUCUCUGUUUCUGAGACAGGGUUGCACACAGGGUUGUUUUGGCAGGCGCCUUGAAGCAAAUGUGGAUAUUUGGUGAACAUUGUAGGCAGUCUUAUCCCUGCUAAGCUUCUUGCCUGCUCUGAUCAUCCCAGGUAGCCUGGAUGGUGGAGUCGUACCUCUAACAGCCGUGACAGGGAGAAGAAAAGCUUUUCUAUCCUAAGAAAGCUGGGAAAAUGUCCAAGCCUCUACCAGAUUGUUGUGACACUAAUUCCUCCCCAACUGAUACUUUGCUCUCAAAGAUACUAGACUAGUGUUAGGUGGGACACUAAAGAAUAGAAAAGACCUAACCUUGCCAGGACCCUCAAGUGCUCAUUACAAGAAGAAAAAGGCGCCUUGUGAGUUUAUUUUGAGUCCUUCCUUUGGCUCUCAUCUAGACGUUUACUGUGAUGCUGAACCUUGGUAACAGUCUCCUUGUGGCUGUUUGUAGCGUUCCUGUUCCCACAUGGAUUUGCUGACACAGUUAAGGUCUCCUUUGGGGAACUAGAUCAAAGGAGACAUAAACUAGCUCACUAAAGAAUUGCAUGACCUGGAUAUAUAGAAACAGCAAGCUAAGGUCCGACUUAUUUAUAGACGCUGAUUUUAUGUAGGUAGCUACACCACAUAACCUUAAUGUAGCAUGUUAAUACUAUUUCAGUGUCCCACUCGUUAACGUAGUGUCCUGUCAUUUCACUGAAAUUCAGUUCAGGGUCUCUGCAUAUGUAGUCUGUUUUCCUCUUAAUCUGUACCCUUUUGCCUUAUUACUUUAUGCAAACAGUGCUGUCUUUUACUCUGAUUCUCUCUCUCUCUCUCUGCCCCCUCCCUCUUCUCUGCACUGUCUCUGUUUUCGUUGUCUGUGUGUGUUGUGCUGAGCUGGCUGUUGUCAGUCUGUGAUUGUAGUUGAGCUUUGUGGUUUUUGCGUUAGUAGCACUCGGAGCGUAUGGUUCUCUUUGGGCCCUGCUGACUCCGUGCCUGGUGCCUCACUGAGUAUGUCCACCUGUCUCCUUAUUCGGGACAUACAUAUUUGCGCCAUCGCUUUUGCCGCUCCACUGCAUAGAGAUGACAUCACCGCUAACACACACAUACAGAUGGAUGCAUGUAGGGAACAGGGACAUUAACACAGUCUCCAUAUGGACAAGUGGGCAGGUUCGAGCCUCUCGUCUGUCAAACAGUCUGUGAUUGGGUGGAGAUCUUGGAGCCACGCUCCGGUGAGCGCAUGUAUGUGAAUUUAACCACUGGCGAAUGCGGCUGGGAUCCUCCGCCUGGUGUUUCUGUCCGCCAGGCAGACGGCAACCAGUGGUGGGAGUUGUUUGACCCCCACAGUGGCCGCUUCUACUACUACAACUCCGCAGGACGCCGCACAGUCUGGCAUCGACCCCAGGGAGCUGAUAUAGUGCCCCUCUCCCAGCUGCAGGCCAUGAAACGAUGCAGCGAGGCCAGGCAGGCUGGAGCGGGUGUGGAUAGGCACCACCAUGGGACCUCAGGGAGUGUCAGCAGCAUAGGGAGCCAGGGGCGUUGCACCCCUCUACCUGAGCGGGACAGGGACAGCCCUCUCCCUCGAGCCUUGGAGUCCAACGACGAAACUGCCAACCCUGAGCUGGACCUGGCAGCAGACAGCAGAUCUCAGGGAGAUGGUAGCAGCACCGAACACAGCACAGAUGGUGGUAAAGACCCACAGAGGGAUAUUUCUCAAAGAUGGCAGCCAGCACCUGGUUCUAAGGCAGCCAUGUUGGUGAAGGUGAACAGCAUGAGCCGCACCCAGCCCAACCCAGCAAUCCAGCAAAACCUCCAGCAAAAUAAAGCCAAUACCUUCACCCUCCACACCUCCUGCAACAAGGCCCAAGGGGGACAGUUCAGCUCUGCACAGGGAUAUAAAACAGCCCCUUCCGGCAAAAUGACAGGUGACACACGUCAGGCCCAUCACCUGAGAAAAGCCAGCAACGGCAGCUUUUGUUUGGUGACGUCAGACAGUAGCCAUCCCAGUCCACUCCUUCACAGGUCACAGACGAGCACACCACGCCCCGUCUCUCCCCAUUAUGGCUCCACUGCUCCAAUCUAUGAUGAGCCAGUUUCAGACUGCCCUAUAUAUGAUGAACCCCCCACAGACAUGGAGGUGGAGGGGGCACACUUGUACAAUGGACAACUUCUGUCUCGUUUGACACCUACCCAUAGUCUCCAGAAACCCAGACUCCUCCAGCAACCUGCUUCAUCUCAUCCAGGGUCCAGACACAGGAGAAAUCCUUCUGCUUCCGACUACAGCCCAGCUGGACUGGAGUGUAUCAAGCACAUGGUCAACGUGGACCCCAAACAGGGGCUUCUAUCCAGCUCUCCUGUGCCCACACGUUCCCCUUCACCUACCUCCAGGCAAGACCCUGUAUUGACGCAGCCUCAACCGUAUCCACAUCCCCACACUCACUCUUUACAGCAGGGUCGAGGUCAGUUAAGGGACAGGGAACCAGGAACACCAGGCCCAAGUUCACUGGACAAGAAACAAAGCUGGCGGGUCCUGGAGGCCACUGUGCAGCGCGCCAUGGAGGCUCGGCACAGCAGGCAGAGCAGCCAGGCCUCUCAGGACUUCCCCUCCUCGACCCCGCAGGCCAUAGCAAACUAUCAAGACUCUGGUUACUCCACUGGCCCCUCGCCGAGUCUCAGGCGAAAGAGCAGGAGAAGAGUGGGAGCCGGUGGUGGUGCAGGAGGUAGGCCAGGGUCAGUAGGCAGCAGUGGGGAGCUGUGCGCCCUCAAUGAGAGGUUGAUGGCCGAAAUGAGGGAGGUGGUAAGUCGCUCCAACACAAUGAGAGAGGUGAGAGCAGGGCUGGAACCAGAGAUGGGGGAGAGGGUUGUUGUAGCUCGGACACGCUCCCCCGCAGACUCACUUAGGUGGUACGGAGGAGGAGGGGGACGGGGGUCGGCAGGAAGGUGCGCAUCUCGAGAGGACCUCACUGGGGGCCCCCGGACAAUGAAAGGGGCAAGUACCUGUGACAACCCAGCCCUGACUCCUCUGGAAAUGCCAGGGAGGCAGAAAAGAACUUAUGAAAAGGUGGAUACCUUGGAGUUGAGUGUCAAUAGCCAGGCCAGCCUGUCGUCACCAGAGACCCCAGGACCACCCUCCCAGGCCAGCACCCUAGAGCUGCAGGCUCAGUUGGAGAGCAGAAAGAAAGGCAUGGUGGAUGGACGGACUGCUUCCCUGGGCCCCCACCGCCCCACCAACCACGACAACGCAGAAGGAGGUGAUGGUGCGGGUGGAAGAGUAGGAGGGUCUGCCUACCAACUCUCCUACGCCACCCUGCGGCAGCCCCCACCUCCUGACGUUGGCAUGGAGGACUGGGCCAGCAAGCAUCUCAACAUGCACACACAAGGACUCUUCCGGCGCCGGGUCUCCAUCGCCAACAUGCUGUCUUGGAACCGCGGGUCCAUCAAAAAGCCCAUGCUCAUCACCAGCAAUCGCGCUGUCAGGAAGGAGGCCUGCGAGAUGUUCAAGCUGGUCCAAGCUUACAUGGGAGACAGGCCUUCACGUCUCGACCGCCGUCACUGCGCCCUGCUUAUCAUUACCAAGUGCUGGGACAUGCCGGGGCUGCGGGACGAACUGUACGUGCAGUUGGUGAGGCAAACCACAGGCAACGCCAGCCCCAGAAGUUUGGCAGCAGGCUGGGAGCUGAUGGCCGUCAGCUUGGCCUUCUUUGCCCCCUCCCCAAAGUUCCGCUGUUACCUGGAAGGCUACAUACAGAGACACACGGAGCCAACCAGCGACAAGAAAUGUGAGUCUCAGACUGAGCAGCAGGUGACCCAAUUCAUACUGGAACAACAGGAACUAAAGCUUAAGAAGAAUUCAAAGUCCAGAAAGAAGCGAAAACAGAAUACAGAGGAGGAAGAAGGCCUCCCUAUCAGCACCUAUGCCAAGUUCUGCCACCGGAAGCUGCAGAAGGUUGCAAUCACCGGUGGCAAAAAGGGUCUACGUAAGCCCACUUUGGAGGAGAUCGACCACAGCAGACGGGCUAUUGUCACUCCCUCCCUUUUCGGCAGUUCUCUGGAGGAGGUGAUGGAGCGGCAGAGUGAACUCUUCCCAGACAGGAAACUGCCCUGGGUGCAGGUUCAGCUUUCCCAGUACGUUCUCGCUCUGGGCGGAGCUCAGACAGAGGGCAUCUUCAGGGUUCCUGGAGAUAUUGAUGAAGUAAAUGCACUGAAGCUCCAAGUAGACCAGUGGAGGAUUCCAGAGAACCUCUCUGACCCCAAUGUUCCUGCCUCGCUGAUGAAGCUAUGGUAUCGGGAGCUGGAAGAACCCCUCAUCCCCAUGAACUUCUACAAGCAGUGCGUCACUAACUGCGAUGACCCAGUGUCGGCCAUUGCCGUGGUGCAAUCUCUGCCUGAGCUCAGCCGGCUCGUUCUCUGCUACUUCAUCCACUUCCUGCAGGUAUUCGCUCAGCCAUCCAAUGUCGCAAUUACCAAGAUGGAUGUGAACAACCUGGCCAUGGUGAUGGCUCCCAACUGCCUCCGAUGCCAGUCCGACGACCCACGGAUCAUCUUCGAGAACACCCGCAAGGAGAUGUCCUUCCUGAGAAUGCUCAUCGUUCACCUGGACACCAGUUUCAUUGAAGGGGUGGUGUAGAGGUUGCAAAGCACAGAGAGUGCACCUCAGGGGCUGAUCAGCCCUCAAACCUCUCCAGUUAUACAUUAGAAGCAUGCAAAAAUACUGUCUCUCUGUUCAGACCGCACUGGAAACUGUUGAGGUGAGAUAUUAAACUUCUUACAACACAAGGAGUGCGAAAACCGCUUUAGCUGGGACUUUGAGCCCUUGUGCUCUCCUGCUUUCUUACUGAAAGACGAACACACCACCUUAGGAUUCACUGAUUUUGAUACUAAAAUCCACAGUGACUGCUUACAAGUGGUUCACUUUAAUGACUGUAUUUUCUAACCGCUGCAUGUGAAGAGGUUUACCUUUAUUUCUUAUCUAAUUGGUAGUACUAUAGUUACAUGGGACAACUGGGCUGUGCAAAGUACAAAAUUAGUUUCAGAAAUUCCUUACUUGCACAAAAAAAACAUAAGGCAGCAGUGUUAACGCGCUGCCUUUUUUUUUCUUUUUUCUCCUCUCCCCACCCCUCUGGUUGAUUUCAUUCAAGCGUGUGUGCGUGUGUGAUUGUCAGCGUGUGAACAAAAGGCACAGCCUUCUAUUAUGUACAGAAAAUUGAACAUAAGAAAUGUAAAAGAGAUCUUGUAAUGGCGUCUUGUUAAUAAGCUUGCCUGUGCUGUUCUGAGUAGUCGUACUGAUAGCCGGUCUCCUCGUAUUUAAUUUUACGAGGCAUAUAAAGCCACUCCACCGCAAUUAUUCUGACUACAGAGGCUUCAUUUCAAAGCACAAACUAGAGGGAUGUGCAGAAAGCUCUUGAUAAUGGAUGGUGGCAAUUUUCUAAGCAAAUAAACAUGGAACUACUUUGAUUUUUCCAAAUUCAAACGAUUGCCGAAGCCAGGCAGGAGUGUUAAUUCUAAUUACAGCUCACGCUGUAACAACGUGGGAGGCUGGUCAUUCAACUGAUAAUACACUCUCUAUUAUCUGUAACAUAAAUUUCAAUUGGAAUCAAGUUCUCUUGUGUUUGUGGUCCGUAUGUUAUGCUUUUUUUUGGCUCAGGUCUUACUAUAAAACGGGUGUUAGAUGUGAGAACUGUACAUGGCCUCUCUCUUUCUCUCUCUCACAGACUGAAAAUUUGAUUAACCUAACACAAGCCUCCUUCGCUGAGAAUGGAAUAUUGAUUUAACUGUCAAGUGCUAUGAGAAUGUAAACUGAGCUUUUUUGUGGCCCUCUUUAAGGCUUUGUCGAUGUAAAUAUUUUACAUGUAAAAUAGUAGUAACUUCCUGUAAGUGUAUUCUAAUGGUCUGGGUUAUGGUUGAGCUUAACUGUUGCUGUAAAAGAGCAAUAAAAAAAACUUUUGUGUUGUAAUUAACUGAUCAUUUUUCUGCUGUAACCGCUCAUCUUACGAACAUAGGAAUGAUUCAAACCACUUUCCUUGUACAUGCGUGUAUGUGUGUUGGCAUACUUUCUCAUCGUAAUAAGGAAUGAUUGUCCAUGAAUAAAGAUUUGUUCAAAAUUA